AUGGGAGUUUAAUGUUCUUAAACCUAAAAUUCUAUGGUAAUAUUUUAAUCUCUACAUUCAUUUGAUGAAAAAGAAUAGCAAAAUCAUCAUCAAGCUAGUUAAACUUUAAAAUAUAGUUUUCCCCAAAAAUAAAUUUUAGAAAUGAAUAAAACAAAAUUAUAAUUGCAAUAAGAACAGAAUCAUCCUUAGUAACCUGAAGAUCCAGGUAGUCCUAUGUAGGCAUUAUCAGAAUAAUCUUUUGAAAUCUGUGAAUUAACUUAAUUUAAUAAUUCAUGUCCUACAACAAUAAGAAUCAGUAGGCAAUAUCCAAAUGAAUUUACAAUAUAACCCAAUAAGACAUUAAGUAUUAAAAAAAUAAACUUUUCACCUUCAAAAUAAAAUAAACCAUAUAAUUAAAAAUAAAAAGGGAUAAUAAAAAAAAGUAGAUAUAGUGAUUCACAAUCCCCAAACUCAUCAUAGACAAUAAAAUCAGUUAGAUUUUUAAUAACAGAAUAAGUAAGACCUGAAAGAAAGUUAAUAAGAAGCAAAAGCUUAUCAAGAAGAUAGUCUAGCAAACGAUUAAAUUAGUCAACUAUUUAUAGUAAUCGUGAUUAAUCAUUUUAUUACAAAAUUGAAUUGUGACAACUUUGAAUAUAUAUUAUUUUAUCAAAAUUAAAACUUAUGCUUGAUUAAACUCUUAAGUACUUUUCUUAAUUGAUUAAUAUUAGUCUUAUUUUUAAAGAUGAACAUAAUGGAUGCUUAGUUAAAUUAUAUCAUUUUAAAACAAUUUCACAUGCUAUAGUACCUAAUAAAUUUAACUACAUAAAAUAAUAUUUUCAUAAGCACUCUCCCAUUUUAGUAUCUGCAAGAGAAGAAGAAAAUGAAUUUAGUUGCAAUAAUGAUCUAGAAGAAAUGACUGGAAGAACUAGAUCAAAAACUUAAGGUACUAAAAACACUUUGAAGCCAAAUAAACAUUACGAUUUGACUGAACAACUUGAUUUAGCUAUAAAGCCAAAAGGAUUAUUAAAAAAUCGUUGUAAUAAGGAAACGUAGAGUUAGAAAAGAGUCUCGUUUUCCAUUCCAUCUCGUUGUACUUUAGAAUAUAGAUAAAUUGUUUAGACAGCUAUCAAUAAAUAUUAAGUGAAGUAGAAGCAAUGA